CAUGUUAUCAGAUGAUACAGGAAAUCGACUUCGAUUCCAGCUGGAGUUAGAGUUUGUUCAAUGUCUAGCAAAUCCAAAUUACCUCAACUUUCUUGCACAAAGAGGCUACUUCAAAGACAAAGCUUUUGUAAACUAUCUUAAAUAUUUACUUUAUUGGAAAGAACCUGAAUAUGCAAAAUACCUGAAGUAUCCUCAAUGUUUGCAUAUGUUAGAGCUGCUCCAAUAUGAACAUUUCCGCAAAGAACUGGUAAAUGCUCAGUGUGCUAAAUUUAUUGAUGAGCAACAGAUUCUUCACUGGCAGCACUAUUCACGGAAAAGGAUGCGCCUCCAGCAAGCACUUGCAGAGCAGCAGCAACAGAACAACACCUCUGUAAAAUGAAAAACACUUGGAAGAGUGAUGAUAAGGUGUACUUUGUGUUAGUUAAAGUAUUUACAAGAGAGGAAUGAAUGCUUCUGUGAGUUUGGCUCUGGGUAUGUGUACAUUGAAUUUUUGAUUUAUCAAGUGACUGGGUUUGUUUUCUUUUGUCAACUUUUAACACCUACUUCAGCAAUUUUAUUUUGUA